CAUACAUUUGGCUGCAUUGCAUCUGCUAAAGAUCGAUCAGUUGCUACCCAAACCAUUCUAGCAUUGCCUCGAACACCAACAUUUCCCCAUUGAGUUCCUGUUUCUCCUUCACAGCAGCAGCAAGCAAUGAAGCAAAAGAUUGUCAUCCAGUUGAGCAUGUCGUGCGACAAGCGCCGGUCCAAAGCAUUGACCCUGGCAGCCAGAGCAGCCGGGGUGACGUCGAUGGGGAUAACCGGCGACGCCAGGGACCAGCUAGAGGUGGUCGGCGACGGCGUCGACUCGGUGUGCCUCGUCAGCUGCCUCCGCAAGAAGCUCGGCCACGCCCAAAUCAUCAAGGUGGAGGAAGUGAAGAAGCCGGAGGAGAAGAAGAAGGAUGAGCCGAAGCCAGAGGCCGUGCACCCGCCGCCCUACUUCUUCUACCCGCCCAGCUCCUACUACCCCCACCAGUACCCGCUGUACUUCUGACCAUGUAACUGCCGGACCAUGUAGCUGCCAGCGAGCGUGCUUUAAUUUUGUC